UAGGCCUGUUGUGUCCUCCCGCUCCAGAGAUGGCCGAACCCCGGAGAGUCGAGCUGAAGACCCUGAGCUCCGCGGGGCUCUUCUCUCCGGCCCCUUCCGCGGCUGCCCCGGUGCGGCAGCUGAUAACUCCCAAACCUCCAGCCGAACCCUGCGCCCCUGACACGGCCACUGUGCGGCUCGUCCUCCCGCUGUUCGAACCGGACGAACGGAACUUCCCGGAGUUCAGUUACUCCCAACUCUUGGACGGUCACAGCCAGAAGCGAGUGGAGGUUCGUCUGAGCAGGAUGGAGCAGCAGGAGCAGGAGGAACUGGCCCAUAUCACCAACAAACUGGAGGAGAAAUAUGGAGGGAAGCCCAGACCCCAGCAUCGUGUCCAGGACCUGAUCGAUAUCGGAUAUGGUUAUGACGAUGAGGAUUCAUUCAUCGAUAACUCUGAGGCUUAUGACGAGUUUGUGCCCAUGUCCCUCACCACCGAGCAGGGGGGUUUCUAUGUGAACACAGGGCUCCUGCACUUCAGACAGGCCUCAGACAUGGAGCUGGAGGAGCCCCCAGAGGGACUUCCACAGGAGCCUGGUGAGGGGCCCUCAGCAGAGAAGAGGAAGGAGGCAUCUAAGAGGCGUAAACUCACAGUUGCAAUGGACAAACCACUGAAGAAACGCUGUGAGGACGACUGCGAGAGAGAUACCAACCCAGGUCUGAAGAAAAAGAAGCCCACAGCCCUGAGUAUUACCAGUGCUUUGAGGAGGUGUGAGAGGGAGAGGCAGAAGAAGGCAGUGGCCCCAAUGUGGGGCCCCUCUCUGGGCUUCACCACAUUGGCCCUGGGGCCUGCAGAUGCAGGAGGAGGAGGCUGCAUGUCCUUCACGGCCCCACUCCACAGACUCAUGGGGCCCUCAAUGGGUCCGGCUCUGGACUCUGAUGUGGACUGUGUGCUGGUCAGUGAGGACAGCUCUUCCACCCACUCCCCACCCCCCACAUCCACCCCCCCGCCCCUCCCUGAUGGGGCCCUGCACACCCAGGGGACGGUCGAGAGGACGGGGACACGCCCCAGAGCGGAGGACACAGUGUCCCAGGUCUGUCCUGAAGACUUUCCUCGUGCUCUGGAGGAGAGCAUCCUCAGACUCCAGAUGGCCUCCAAGACCUCAGAGGGAGAGUCCAAAGUCAAGUUCUACACCCCAGAGAUCAAUGAGCUGCUGCUGCUAAUCGACGGGCAGUGCCGACAACAUGGAGGACCUCACGGAGGUCCUCUGCGCUCCAGGGUCUACUCCCACCUCUGCUCCUUCCUGCCCUGCAACAAAGACACGCUCAUGCGCAGGGUCAACCGGCUCAAGCAAUCACGCAACGAGAAGCCCGAUGAGGAGCAGCUCAUGAAGACUCUGAAGAAGGCCAUCAAGAAGACCAUGCCCGAACAGAUCCUCAGCUGGAAGGAGAUGUGUGGAGCUCUCCCGUGCACCUCUGUGGCCACACAGGAGGAGGAUGAGAGUGAGGAGAGGGGAGCAAAGAAGGCCCCUGGACCCAAAAAACUCUUCAAAUGGAAUGAUGAAAUCAGAGAGGGUCUGCGGCGACUGCUCAAGCUCAGACUGGAGCAGUUCAAGGAGGAGCACAGGGCCCAGGAGGAGGAGCACAGGGCCCAGGAGGAGGAGCACAGGGCCCAGGAGGAGGAGCACAGGGCCCAGGAGGAGGUGGAUCAGUACCUGAGUUCAGUACUGGAGGGGAAGGUGAAACCGCUCUGGCCCAAAGGAUGGAUGCCCUCCAGGAUCCUGCAGAAGGAGGCCAGGAAUCUUCUGAGUCCGGGGCUGGUGAAGAAGUCUGAGAGGAGAUGGACUACGAUCACUCCAGCGUCAUGUGACUCUGGUGUAGUGACUCCUGGACAGAGGGGUGUGGCCAUAGACACUGACCCCGCCUCUUCAGACAAUAAACCCGCCCACUCCUCUAAGCCCGCCUCCUCAGCCCCGUGCCGCACCCACCUCCAGCCCUCGUUCCAGGAGCUGCUGGUGGAAGCGGUGGCCCGGUACAACCAGUGCACUCAAAGGUGGGGCUUCAGCGAGGCCACGAGCAGCCCCCCCCUGCCCCCUCCACCCCCUCAGUCCAGCCCCACCAACUUCCCCCUGACCCCACUGAGCGCGCUCACUCCCAACCUGGACUCCACCAAGAACAUGUGA